AUGCUUUGCAGUCGGAGCAGUACCAGGUGGACUCCCACUCCAGAUCAGAUAAGAAUCCUCAAUGAUCUUUUCUAUAGCAAGGGAGUUAGGUCCCCAACCGUAGAGCAGGUUCAGCGGAUCUGUUUUCAUUUGAGACCGUACGGACAAAUCGAGGCCAAGAAUGUAUUUUAUUGGUUUCAGAACCACAAGGCUCGGGAUAAACGGAAGAAGAAGAUCACUUCGGAUAUUCAUGUGCCCAUGAAAAGAUCAGGGCUUGUUGGUGGAUCCAUUAAUCUUAAUUUUGGGUCAACUAGCUCUACUGUUAUGGAACAACGAGGAGAAGAUCACCAGGCGAUUGAAACUCUUCCACUGUUCCCCAUGCACAGUGAAGACAUCUUGGGCAACAUGAAGACUACUUCCGAGGGAGGUGGCGGCUAUGGCAAUUACUCUAGUGGCUGGGGCGGCUAUGGCGGUGGCUCUCGCAUUUCCCUUGAGCUCAGCCUCAACUCCUCCGGAUCUGUUGAUUUGGCUUAG